AUGAAUAUAUUACUCUCCACCAAACCGGAAAGGCGACUCGCCAUCGUUUCCAACUCGUACGCACUGAUUCUGAAAUCAGUGGGUGACAAACCUUCUGAAAAACCAUUCUGUGCUAUUGAAUUAGUCCCCAAGGAGGAACUAAAGAGCCAAGGAUUCCAACCUUUAACCUCCAAUGAAGUCUUUGGAUUCAUUGGAUUAAUCGAGAUUGACGGGUUACUUUUCGUGGGUGCCAUCACGGGGAAAUCAAGGGUGGCUCAACCCAUCCCAGGUGAAACUGUCAAUAAGAUAUUCGCUGUGGAUUUCUUCUGUUUGAAUGACGCAACGUGGGACUUUUUUGAGAUUGAUUCGUCGGGGUACCCUGUGUUACCUGAUACUGAUCAGGCAGAUUUCCAAGAGGCCUUACCGAAGCAACCAUGUUUUGAAUUGAGAAGAUUAUUGUCAAAUGGAUCCUUUUAUUUUAGCUCAGAUUUCGAUUUGACUUCCAGUUUGCAAAAUAGAGGUUUCAAAGAUCAUUCUUUGAGCGUCGAUAAUUUCGAAGACGAAUACAUGUGGAAUUCUUUCCUCAUGCAGGAAAUUAUCACAUAUAGAGAUAGAUUGGACCCAACAGCAAAACAGAUACUGGAUGACGAGGGGUUCUUGACCACUGUCAUUCGUGGGUUCGCAGAAACUUUCAUUACAUAUGUGAAGAAAUUGAAAGUUGCAGUCACUGUCAUUUCGAAACAAAGUUGGAAAAGAGCUGGAACAAGGUUUAAUGCACGUGGGGUGGAUGAUGAAUCCAAUGUAGCUAAUUUUGUAGAGACGGAAUUCAUCAUGUAUUCUAGUCAAUAUUGUUAUGCCUUCACGCAAAUAAGAGGUAGUAUACCUGUAUUUUGGGAACAAGAUACCUCAUUAAUUAAUCCAAAAGUUCAAAUUACUCGAUCCGUGGAAGCCACUCAACCCGUGUUUGAUAAACAUUUCAUUAAUUCAAUUGAAAAAUACGGACCUGUUCAUGUUGUGAACUUGUUGUCAACAAAGGCAUCCGAAAUUGAAUUAUCACAACGUUAUAAGGAACAUUUACAAAGAUCAAAGAAUCUUAAAUUAGGUAAAGAUGUUAUCUAUACUGAGUUUGAUUUUCAUAAGGAGACUGCACAAGAGGGGUUUUCGGGAGUAAAAAAGGUCAUUCCAUUAAUUGCACAAUCAUUACUUAGAUCCGGCUUCUUCGUUUACAAUGUUAAGGAGAAGAAAGUAUUAUCCACUCAACUCGGCGUGUUUAGAACCAACUGUUUGGAUUGUUUAGAUAGAACCAAUUUAGUACAACAAACAAUUUCAUUUUUUGCCUUCAGAACUUUUCUCGAAGAUUAUAAGUUAAUCUCAGGGAACACCUAUAUCGAUGAAGAUGAUUUCGUCAAUAAACAUAACACACUAUGGGCUGAUCAUGGUGACCAAAUUUCACAAAUUUAUACAGGUACAAAUGCAUUGAAAUCAUCAUUCUCAAGAAAGGGUAAAAUGUCCUUUGCAGGGGCACUUUCUGAUGCAACAAAAUCAGUUAGUAGGAUGUACAUUAACAAUUUUAUGGACAAGGGCAAACAACAAAACAUAGAUACCUUAUUAGGGAGAUUACCACACCAACAUGCCGUUAAAUUAUAUGAUCCAAUAAGUGACUAUGUUAUUUCGGAACUUGAAGCUCAAUCAGACAAAUUUACUUCUUACUCUACCAUUAACAUCCUUGCAGGCACUUUCAAUGUUAAUGGGACAAAUCAAAGAGCCGAUCUAUCCAAAUGGUUGUUCCCAAUUGGAGAUAAGUUCAAACCUGACGUUGUGGUUCUUGGCUUACAAGAAGUCAUUGAAUUGACAGCAGGUUCAAUCCUUAAUGCAGAUUACUCAAAGGGCUCAUUCUGGGAAAAUCUUGUAAGUGAUUGUUUGAAUCAAUUCAAUGAGAAAUAUCUACUUCUAAGAGUGGAACAAAUGACGUCUCUUUUAAUUUUAUUUUUUGUUAAGGCUGAUAAAGCAAAAUAUGUUAAACAAGUGGAAGGUGCCACCAAGAAAACUGGGUUUGGUGGUAUGGCAGGUAAUAAAGGUGCAGUUGCCAUCAGAUUUGAGUAUGGUAGUACUUCUUUCUGUUUUGUUAAUAGCCAUUUGUCUGCAGGUGCGACAAACCUGGAUGAACGUCGCAGUGAUUACGAAAAUAUAGAGAAAGGUAUAUGUUUCUCUCGUUCCAAGAUGAUAGCACAUCAUGACUCCAUCGUUUGGUUAGGUGACAUGAAUUAUAGAAUUGCAUUGCCAAAUGAAGAAGUAAGAGCAGCACUUGCGAAUAAAAGUGAAGGUUACAUGGACAAGCUACUCUGUUUUGAUCAAUUAAGCCAAGAGAUCUCAUCAGGUUCUGUUUUUAAGGGAUUUAGAGAACCAACUUUGAAAUUUCCUCCGACAUAUAAAUAUGAUAAUGGAACAAAUAAUUAUGAUUCCUCUGAUAAGGCAAGAACACCAUCUUGGACUGAUAGAAUUGUUUAUAAGGGGGACAACUUACAUCCACUGGCUUAUUCCGAUGCUCCAUUACUCAUAAGUGACCAUAAACCUGUCUAUGGAGCCUAUCGUGCAAGAGUUAUGUCAACAGAUGAGAAGGUUAAAUUAGAGCUUUCCAAGAGUUUAUAUGCAGGUUAUAAAAAAUUACAUCCGGAUGAAACGGGAAGUUGGUCAUCUCAACUACUUAAUUUGGGAUUAGAGGACAAAGAUAUAAUAGGUCAAAGAUUAGCAUCAAACGAAACGAGAGACUUUAGCUUACUCGAUUUUGACAGUAGUACACCUACAUCGCAAUCACAAUCAGCGAUUACUUCCAACUCAACAACUCCAUCAAUUAAAUCACCAACUCUGGCUCCAACUAUGAGGAUGGGGAACACGCCAAUGCAGGAAGAUGCCCCUAAAAUUAAGCCAGUUUUACGUCCGCCACCACCACCUGCUAUGAAAUCGCUAUCAUCACCGCCUUCUAAUGCAAGUUCCUCCAUAUCAAUUGCCAGAGAAGCCUCUCUUCUAAACAAAGUAACACCAACUUUCGCAAACGAUCAACAAGUUAAAUCUAUAGUGACUAAUCCUGGGAAGAAGGUACCACCUCCAGGAUUUACUGAUUUUGUUCUUACGCCAAGUAAUACUAGUGGAACUGCCUCACCCUUUAAUAGUAGCUCAACAACUGAACUGAAUAGUAACAAUGAAAACAAGACUCCCGUCAAUAUCAAGGAAAAGGGUACAAUUACAUCUCCACCGGGGGAUGACCAACGUAAAGUUCCAAGUAUCCAAAAGAAAACUCUAGAUACAUGGCAACCUUUGACUCCCAAAUAA